CAAAUCCGAUGUCGUGGUGAUCUAGCACCACGUAAAUUUAAAUAUCGAAAAGCAUUUAAAGGUCGAUUACCGAUACGAACAGGUGGUUCAACUGUAGCAACUACAUUAGAACAUGGAGAUUUUGGUCUUAGAGCACUUGAACCAUGUAGACUGAGUGCCAAAACACUUCAAUCUUGUGAAACGGCUAUUAAGAAAGCCAUCAAAUCGGCUAAAGGUGCAAAGUGUUAUUUGAGAGUGUUUCCUGAUUUACCGGUUUGUGUUAAAGGAAAUGAGACUAGGAUGGGUAAAGGAAAAGGUCCAUUUGAAUUCUGGGCUUGUCGUGUACCUGUUGGUAGAGUUUUGUUUGAAGUGGGAGGAGGUCGGAUUCAAAAGGAAUUAGCUUUUGCUGCACUUCAACAUGCCAAACCUCGUUUACCAAUCAAAACCGAAUUCAUCGAUCGUGAUUCGAAAGCUAGACUUGGAAAUCUU